GACACCGGCGCCCCAUACACUCUACAUUAAUUAGCUAAUUAAUACUAGGAGUAAUUAGCGACACAAAAACAAAGCAAUAAGAUGGAAGAAUCGAGCGAUGACAUGGACUUUUCUAUAGAUUCUACGAUGCAAGCCAAUGCACACCAUAUUGCCAGAAUGCUAGCCUUCAACAUCCCUCCCCAUGUAUACUACCCUCAUUUGAAAAAAGGAGGCUCUCUUAAAGAACUGGCAAGAAAAUUUCGAAAAAGAGAUGAGAAUGAUGAGCAAGAAGAGGAUGAUGAAAUGGAACUAGACGAUGAUGAAGAAGAGGAAGGAACAGAGGAUGAUGAAAUGGAAGGAACAGAUGAGAAUGAAGAGGAAGGAGGAACAGAGGGUGGUGACAAGGAAGGGGGAUCAGAGACUGAGGAAGGAGAAAAGAAUGAAGAAACCAUAACAGAAUCUUCUAAACGGGGAGAGCCAAGCUUGAGCAAAGAUGAAACUGAAGAUGAAGACGAAGUUGAAGAUGAAGAUGAACAAAUCAAAGAACAUCAACCGAAAUCUGAGUUGAUUAUUCCUAGAGAGCAUCUGAGGAAGUUCUAUACGGAAUUGAAGCAUCACGCGGAUAGCUUUGAAGAAAGAUUUGCAGCUGGAGAAGACCCAAGAUGGGACCAAAUAAAGAUGUUGCGAGACUUCUUGCUGUUGAUGGCAAUGUUGAGUGGUGCUCCGAGGAGCUGUGUGCUUACGAAUAUGACUGGUGAAGAAGUAGCAAAUGCUACUAAUUGCUCUGGUAAAAGGGUCAUUAAGGUUGGUGUUCACAAGACAGCUCGUGUUUAUGGCAAAGCACAAGUGAUCAUUCGAGAGGAUCAGUGGAAAUAUUUCACAAUGUACGAUGAAGUGAGGCAUCUCUCUCCCGGUGGUUCUCAGUCAGUGGUAAACAUGCAGGCACCAUUCUUCCUGUCAUCUAAGGGAAAGGGAGUAAACAAGCCCAGUACUGCACUCAAUGAGUCUUGGAAGGACUUUGGCCUGCCAGGCAAAAUCUCAUCAAGGGCUAUCAGGAAGACAGUGGUGACAGCAGCACGAGAUGAAUUAUCAAAUGAGGAGCGGCAAAGAAUCGCUAGUUUCAUGUGCCAUUCUAUAGAAACUGCUGAUCACUACUAUGCUGCGAGGUAUAAGACCUCACAGAACAUCGAAUGUAGAGACCGAGUCUGGGACAUGCUUGUUGGAGAGGAAGUCCAGCACUAUGCCGAUCAGCAACAACAGCACAAUUUGAGGCAAUCACCCCAGCACAAUACAGAGGCAACGGAGAGUGUGGAAUCACCCAAUACAGAGGCAGCAGAGAAUGUGCAGUCACAACAAGCCCCCCUGACCCAACACUUACAAAAUAAAACCAGAAAGCCAAGAUCUCGCUUUAGACUGACUAGUUCUGAACUUGAGGAUAUGGAAAGAACUGUCCGUGCUGUGCUCAACAGAACAUGCUUCAAAACAAAAAAUCCAAAAUUCAGGGACAUAACUGAUGAAGCUUACCCCCUAAUAAUGGCAACUACAAGGCAGAAAAUGUCAAGGCAACAGUUCUAUGACAAGGCUCGCAACAUGGGCCUGAGAGAUGGGCUUUGGUGACUGUAUGGUGGAUCGUUCAACAUGUUACAUUCCCUACACAUCAUGAUGUCUUCUACCAGAGAUUACCAGAGCACUCCAGAGUAAACAGAAUAGUUCCAGAUUCUCAGCACAUUAUUAUAUUUCUUUUGUUACAGAAGGGUUCAUGUACCACUUAGGCAGCCAUUUUUUUUUUUAUGAAUUAGCAAAGAUUUCAAAUCACCCUUCACCAACACAAGUUGAUGUAAUUUUCUUUGGGCUAAGGCUUUUGAUAGAGUUGACCUUGUUUGCAUUUAUAUAAAUCACAUGUCUGUUGAAAUAUGCUCUCGUGGAUCAGGUCCUCCCUAUUAAAUAGGAAACAAAGCGUUUUUAUGGUGCUAAAUUUGGUUACGCACAUGUUAAUAAUGUAAAAAAUCACUU